UGUUCCCGCCGCCACCCACGACGCGACCGUGCAUCACGGGCAGCCGCAGCAGCGUCGCCAUCGCAUCGAGCUUCUAGGAGAAGCCGAGGAUGACAGCGACAGGUGACUGCAAAAGGAGCGGCGGCGGUGGUGGACGACGGGCUGGACUGGGCGAGUGGUGAUGAUGGCGCGCGCGACGGGAAGAGCGAAACAGGCCCACAUGUCGGCUUUCUUUUUGCGAGGAAAGGUGAGUACUAGGACUGUAGGGGAGGAGAGAAGAGAUGACAAGCUCCCCCAAAAUCUCCACUCCCGGAGUGAGUUCCCCACCACCACCGUCCCCAAAUGUCCCGUCACCACCACCACCACCACGCCGCCGCCGCCGCCAUAGCUGCCGUGUUCUUUCUCCUCACGGCACCUCCUUGCGCUGCCGACCCUAACGACGAGCGUUGCCUGUCCCACCUGCACCAGUCCCUCUACGAUCCCUCCGGCGGUCUCAACUGGACCAAGGCGGCGAUCUCGGCGCCGUGCGAUGGCUUUUUCUCGCACCUCCAAGGCGUGACCUGCAACAACGGGCGGGUGUACAAGCUAGCCCUCCCGGAGCUCUCGCUCGGGGGCACCAUCCCGCCGGAGCUCUCCAACUGCACCAACCUCCAGUCGCUGGACCUCUCCGCGAACGCGCUGUCCGGCGCCAUCCCGACGGAGCUCUCCGCGCUGCUGAACCUCGCCGUGCUCAACCUCUCCGCGAACGCGCUCUCCGGCGCCAUCCCGCGGGAGCUCGCCAGCUGCGCCUACCUCAACGUCAUAGAUCUCCAUGGCAACCAGCUGUCCGGCCCCAUCCCCGACGAGCUCGGCCUCCUCGUCAGGCUCUCGACCUUCGACGUCUCCUACAACCGCCUCUCGGGCCCCAUCCCCGUGCUCCUCGCCAACCGCACCGGCGCUGGCAGCACGGCAGCCGUCGGGACGGCGAGGUUCAAUGCCAGCUCCUUCGUAGGGAACAAGGGCUUGUACGGGUACCCGCUGCCGCCUUUGCGGAAGCGGGGACUCUCCGUGCUCGCCAUCGUUGGCAUCGGCCUUGGCAGCGGGCUGCUCAGCCUUGUGCUCAGCUUCUCCGCCGUGUGUCUGUGGCUUCGCGCCACGGACCGGACUGCAGCCACCCCAGGCGAGGAGGGCAAGAUCUCCCAGCUCAUGCCGGACUACUGAAUCCAUUCAUCAAAGGUUGCAUCUUUGGACAUAUAAUUCCCCGUAAUUGAACUGAACACGAGAGAUUUUUCAUCUUGGCUUGCAACAAAGGUUCCAUCUUGGAUAGAUUUUGGUUGGAUUCUUGAAGCCAAGAUUGGAUUCUGGAACGGGAUCCGAGGAGCAUAGCAGACAUCUUGCUGCAGGCUGGUUGUGUCAGUAGUGGAUCUUCUAAUCUAAUUGGAGACCGAAAUUGCUGUAGUUUUUAAUAACUAAUGUUUUUUUCUGGUUGUGUUUUGCUCUCUCUUUCUCUUUUUUUUUUUUUGCUUUUAUUUACAGUUUGGCAGAGUGACAGUUGGACUUGUGCUGAGGAAUAUUUGUCUGUAACAACUGGUCUUGCUCCCUCUCCGAAUGCAGCGCCUACUCGAUCCUUUUCUAUUUUGGAAUUUCUAUUUCUA